AUGAAUUUAAAUUUAUCACUUUCACAACAAAAUGAUAGGACCCUUGUGAGUCGUGAUUAUAAUGAAGGAGUUAGGAAUGAUGCUGAUGAAGAUAAUGAACACUCAGAUUAUGAGAGUUACACUGAUGGAGAUGAUGAAGCAGAAAUUUCGUUAGGCAGUUCUUCUUCUACUGAUGUUGAAGAAGAUACUGUAAUUCCUUUUUGGAAUGUUACUCCAAAGUAUAAGUAUAUUAAUUGGAAAUAUCCUGAUCAAGAAAUGGAUGAAGAACAUCUUCAAGAAGUCAAUUCAUGGGUUGAAGGAGAUCCUUUAUUUGUUGGCUUAUAUUUUGACAGUAAAGAAGAUGUGAAGAAUGCAUUAAAACAUUGCGCAAUGAAGAUUCAUCAAAGUUAUUUUGUGACUGAGUCUAAACCAACAUGUUUGUACGUUAAAUGCUUAAAUCAUACCUCUGGUUGUCCAUGGAGAGUAAGGGCUUCAUUGUUGAAGAAUUCAAACAAGUGGAAAAUUACUAGGUGGGGUGGUUCACAUACAUGUGUCAAUAUGAGAAAUCAUCAAAAGUUAGAUUCUGAUUUAAUUUGUUCAUGCAUUCUUGGAAUGGUCAACGAGGAACCGUCGGUACAUAUUUCAUUGAUACAAGAGCGAAUAUGUGCUCAGUUUGGAUAUAAAAUUUCAUAUAAAAAAGCUUGGAAGGCGAAGCAAAAAGCCAUUGUUAAAGUAUUUGGUGAUUGGGAUGAAUCAUAUGCUACCUUGCCUCGUUGGUUAGAAUACAUGCAAUUAAAUUCUCCUGGAUCUGUUUAUAAACUUAAAACAAAAGAGUAUGUGGUUGGUCAUCAAGUGAAUAAUAGGUAUAGAGUAUUUGAACGACUAUUUUGGUCAUUCGAACAAUGUCAUGAGGCUUUUAAAUUUUGCAAACCUAUAUUACAAGUGGAUGGGACAUUCUUAUAUGGAGAAACACUGUCAGCAUGGGAAUGGUUUUUGGCAUUGAUUCGUUUGCAUGUUACUGAUAGAGCAGGAAUUUGUUUGAUAUCAGAUAGACAUCAAAGUAUAAAAGGAGCUGUGUCAAAUCCACACAUUGGGUGGCAACCUCCAAAUGCGUAUCAUGUAUAUUGCAUUCGUCAUAUUGCCAGCAACUUUAAUCACCGGUUUAAGAAUAUAGCAUUGAAGAAAGAGCUCAUCAAAUUGGGUUAUACACCAUCGAAGGUCAUUUUUCAGCAAAAGUUAACUAGAUUUCGCAAUGAAUCUGAAGAUAUAGAAAGGUGGAUUGACAGUAUAUCAAAAGAGAAAUGGGCAAUAUCUAAUGAUGAUGAAGGACGGCGUUAUGGACACAUGACUACAAAUCUUUCAAAAUCAGUAAAUAAAGUGUUUAAAGGUGCUAGAAACCUGCCCAUAUGUGCACUAGUUAAAGCCACCUAUGGACGAUUGGUUGAAUAUUUUGUGAAGCGUGGAGAAGAGGCCAUGUCUGACCUUCACAAUGGAAGCAUGUUUUGUCGCAAAGUUAUGUUGCAAAUUCAAAAAAAUCAACAAGAAGCUUCAUCACACCAAGUUCGUCGGUAUGACAUACAAAGAAAAAGUUUUGAGGUUGAAGAAGCUUUUAAUCCAAUAACACAAAGGGGUGGACACAAAUGGACAGUUAUAUUGGAUAGAAGAUUCUACGAAUGUGGAAGAUUUCAGUCUUAUCGAUUUCCUUGUUCACAUGUGAUAGCCGCUUGUAUAGCCUGGAAGCCCCUGGGAAAUGAAUGCAACAUCCUUACAAACUGCGAAUGGAAGUUAAUGCCUGAUGUUGACAGAGCAAGAGGUAAAGGCCGACCAAAAUCAACUCGCAUUAGGAAUGAAAUAGAAUGGGUUGAGUCACAAACUAGACAAAGGUGUUCCAAGUGUAACGAAGUAGGUCACAAUCGACGUCAUUGUCCUCAACAAAACAAUGUUGGUUAA